AAUUUACGUUUGUUUGCCAGCGUGUAAACGAACAAAAUGGCAACCCCGGUUUCUCCGGAUAUUACUAACAGAAAAGAGGCUUCCAAUGAAGGACUUGCAGAAGCGAAGAAUCCCUUAGAAAAAGUUUCACAGAAAGACUAUAAUAAUCGUUCUAUUGAAAAUACAUUUUUAAAGAAUUUUGUUGAUCCGAUGGCUGAUGAGCUUGAAAAAAGUGUGGCUAAAACAAACGAACUUUUGGACAAAUUUAGCAGUGACAUGGAAGCUGAGAGAAAGCAAAGAUUUAAAAAAAUGUUACACCCGCUUGUGCCUGAGGAACUGCAAGGAGGUGGCAAGAAGGAAGAAGAGGUCAUGCAGUUGGUAGAUCAGCUUAUCUUUUACGAAGAAUCUGGGGAUGGAAAAGAAGUUCAAAUCAAUGAGUCUGCCCAGCUUCAAGAGCUGGAUGAGACUGGGAAACUGGCCGUCACUGCCCACAGCCUUGCUGCUCAUUUCACCACCCUGGAGCCUGUGACUUUAGAUCGUGCUGCAUCAAAACUGGAUUCAGAUUGUAAAUUAUGGCUUUCUAGACUUUUUAGAUUCAAGAAUUCUAUACCAGUGUAUCAUGAAAAGCGCUAUGAAGGUUUAGCAAAAAUAGCUCAGUUGGCUAUUUACACAAAAUAUCCAAAGUACUCGACAGAAGGAUUUGAAGCCUUAUAUUCCAGACCUCCUGUUAUAUACAUCAGUGCUUCAUCUCCUCCAGGCCUGGGCCAGUAUCUGUGCUCUCAGCUUGGACUCCCCAUGUCAUGCACCUGUACUGUGCCUUGUAAUACAAUGUUUGGAGCUAGUAGCAAGAUGGAUGUGGCAAUGCUAGAAAAACUGAUACAAGAUGACAUAGCUGCAGCCAAGACUCCAGUUCUUCUAGUUGCCUAUGCUGGUACUCCAGUAGUGGGACAUGUUGAUAAUUUACAGAGACUUCAAGAAAUUUCCAGAACAAACAAUAUUUGGUUGCAUGUGGAAGGCAACAACCUGGCUACCCUCACCUUGUUCUCAGUGCCUAAUUCUGUAGAGUCAGCUACAUCAGGAGACAGUAUCACUUUGGAUCUAUCCAAGUGGUUGGGGGUUCCAGCUCUACCUUACAUUACACUUUUCAAAGACACAGACCAGAUUAUGACAGACACUGUUGGACUCACCACUGUCGACUCUAAGCUACAGCUUAAAUGCUUACCUUUAUGGAUGUGUUUACAGAGUCUAGGUCAUGAGGGCAUGGUCAACAGGAUCAAACAUUCAUGUGAACUGGCAAAACUAUUCUUUGAGCAUUUGGACAAAUUACCUACCGUCAAACAAAUUAGCAGGGAGAAGAAGAAACGUGAUAAAGAAGUGAAGAAUAUCAAGGAACUUAUUUCUAAAGCAAUCAGUGCGUUGCUUGUGUUUGAAAUAGUCACGCCAACUGUGGUAUUUAAAUAUGCUGAAGAUUCUUCUGGCCCUGGAGCUGUGGUAGCUCCCUAUUCUAGUGUCAGUGUGGAAGAUCCUGCAGAGGAUAAAGAUGUAGUUUACUUUGAUGCUCUCAACACUUGGUUAGCUGAAGCUCAACAGCUAGCUAAUCCAAAUGUUCCUAUUGAUCUGGUUGAAAUUGACAAGGAAGGCGUAUGUAUUCGAUACUGUCCACUGGAAACUGCUCAAGUGCGGGGAACCAAGACUGAGGACAUUGAUCAGUUCAUUGAGUCACUUAAAUCUAAUCUUAGUGUAUUAAAUGCAACUACAGAACAGAGAAAGAAAUUUAAAUCUAUUGUUGCCAAUCAUCAGAAUUUGAGAUUAGUAGCAUUGGACUCUUGGGCUGGCCUUGGAGCUGUCAGCUACAUCCCUGACAUCUAUGUUCAGAAAGAGGGUGAUCUGACUGAUAAAGAAAAGAUAGAAAUCAACAACUUGAAUUCUGAGUUGGUUCAUAAGUUGAAGGCACAAGAUACUGCUUUCUCAACAGGUCAUUCUGAGGAAGGUAUCAUCUGUGUUAGAUUUGGUCUGAUAACAUCUGACACAGAUGUGGAUGAGUUGGUCUCUCUGGUGUACACUACAGGUCGAGAGGUUGAAGAGAGUUCAAAGUUUCUGGAGUCAAUGUCAGAAAAAAUUCGUAAAGGAAUUGAAGAGGCCAACAAAGAACUGGAGAAAGAAAAUGCAGAGAAAUUAAUGCAUGAGGGCGUACUGCGUCAAGUGCCUGUGGUCAGUUCUCUAUUAAACUGGUGGUCACCUGCAAAAGAGCAGGUGAAAGGAAGAACAUUCAAUUUAACAUCUGGUAAAAUUAUACCAACAACUGACACAUAUAAGUAUCACAUGCAGAUCCAGGAAGAAGCCCUGCUGACAGGCCAAGGGACACCAAAGAGCCCAGGCAGUGGCCAAGAAAGCACCAGGUCCUUGUCACCUUUAGAAAUGAGCAAAACAGCUGGCGAGGUGAAGGCCCAGUUGGCCAGUCAGUCUGCUGCGUCCUCACCUACAUCACCAUCUUCACCACAGCCUAAUGGCACUGUGUCUGUAGAAUUGCCUGAUUUAGUGACCAAGACAAAUGUUGGUAGUAGUGAGACCAAGUAACCAGACCAUGUGACCAGCUUGAACUUUCACUCUUCACUGCCAUUGGCUGUCAAUAUGUGCCAUUUUGUGAUUUCAUUGGUGGGCUAUUUUUAAAGGUUCAUUAAAUUAUUUUUAUCCUUUAUUUUGUCCUUUCUACUCUGAUUUUGUUCCUACUUGUUUCAAUAACUACUAAUAUACUGACAGACCUGCAUACAUUUUCCAUUAUUUGUUCAAAUCACUAUCUCCCAGCUCAAUUGAGUUUUUAAAACUUUUGUACCAGACAUCAUUGUGAUUUUUUUGUUCUGUAUAAACUAAAUCCUUACAACACAACAUUCCAAAUGCACUUCAUGUUAUAUUUGUUUCAUAAAUUAUUAUUUUUAAAAUAAUAAUAUAAUUGUGACUGUGAUAGAACCAGGUAUUUAAGUAUUAUGUCUGCACAAUGAAAUGAUUUAUCUGGGUCAUCAUCUUACUAAGGAAAUCAUCUUAUCUUCAUUGUUGAAGUCAAGAUUUUCAAACAGCUGUCAUUCUGUUUAAGCCUUAAUUUGAUUUUAAUUUAAAAUCAAUAUCCAAAUUAUGAUUAUUGCAAAGGAAAGGCAACUUUCUUUGACAUUAAAAAUAAAAUUUUGUCAAAUAAAUGUUCUCUACAUGUCAUUUAUCAAUCUAAAUUAAUGCUCUUCAUGAAUAUUUUAAAACAAUCUUUCUUGUUUUAGGACUAAAAUAGUUGGUUAAAUGGCACAAUAUUUUACAAAUGAACUCAAUUUUAAAAAUUUCCUUUAAAAUUUAACUUAUCAGUCACAAUUUCUUGACUUAGUAUUAUUCUGUUAAAAAACAUAACAAGUACAAAGUCUUCUUUCUUCAAGGUAGGACUCCAUUUAGUGACAUUGCACAUGUAGCACACAUGACGUUAAGUGAAGCUAAUAAAUGUUUCCUACCUGAUGAAAUAGAAAGUCUCUUCUUUCAUUGACAUACACUGUCUUCUGGUUGGAGCACAUUUAUUCAUUUAGCAAUUUUAGUUUCUAUUUGUUUCUUUAAAACAUUAUGUAUCUUCUAUAGGUGAGUUUUUUAUAUUAAAUGACCUUAGGUGGAGUAACCUUUGUCAUAUUCAUGUCAAACGUGUGCAUUAUUUUUAUUUAUAAUAUGAUUGGUGAUUAUAGCCAGAUCUGCCAAUGCACUAUUCACUUUGUAAAUCUAUGCAGCCUGUUCUAAUGUUGAUAUACCCAAUGCUCUAUAUUUAAUUUAUUUUGCAGUGUAUUUCUGUUUUACUUGUGUUUUUAUAAUACAAUGUAAUAACAUUGCUUUGAGUCCCUAAGUCUACAACAGUUUAUGACAUGCAUUGUGUCAGUAGAUUCUGUUGUACGUUUCUAUUACAGAUUCUCUUUAGUUUUUUUCUUUCUGAUUUGCUUAGAAUGUAUAGAACAAAUCUUUCUGCUUAUUUAGUUUCUACCAUUUUUAGAACAUGAAGUUUCUGACCUAGUUGACCUAUUUCAAUGUUGACUUGUUUUAACAAGAGUCCUACAUUUACACAUAUAUUUGUUGUUUUGAAAAGUCGCCUUCUAUGCAUUCUGUUGAUUGCUUCACCCACAUGCUAGAAUUUCUGAAGAGUGAAGAUAACUGAACAUCAUUCUUGGAAACAAAAGUUUGCAAUAGACUUGACCUUUAACUGAACAAGUUUUUCUUUUUAAGUCUCAGUACAAGUAAGUUAGCACUGGACAAAGUGUGAAUGAUUGAAACAAAACUACUGAACACUUUGCAUUCUGUCUUUGAAAUGAAGUCACCAAAAGUAAAUAAUUAAUUUCAAAUAAAACUCCUGCUAAUUGCUUUUCUUUGCUGACUGAAAUAUAGUUCUGGUUAAUUAAUUGUACUUAUUUUUUUCCAUAAUUAAUCAAAAUUUGAUGAUGAAUAUCCUUUUAUUAUGUAUUAAGUCCAAAUCAAUUGCAACUUUUGUUUGUUUGUUAUUCCUGCUUGACCCUCUCAUUGCCAUGCAAAACUACAUCGCUGAUAACUUGACCUUCUGAGUGAAGAGUUCACAAAAACACAACAUGAUUGUGUUGGUUUGAAAACAUAAUGUUGAUCAAUUUGCCACUGUAACCAUCAUUUAAUUCAUCAUCCAAGUUUGUUUGUAAUCUUGUACAUAUUGGGACUUUUUUUCUUUCUUUAAAUCUUUGACUGGACAAAUGAUUGAUAUUUUAUAAGUCCAAAUUGUUUUUUGUUUAUUUCCUGACAUUUGUAUAGUUUUAUAAUUUUAUAAACUAUUUUUCAUAAACAAAAAUAAAGUAUAUAAAACUGAAUUUCUGCGAAAUCCAUACUAUUUUAUAGUGUACCGUAUACCUGUUCACAGUGGAGUUACCUCUCUUAAAUAACCUACUUUAUUUCAGCUAAUUUGUUUAUGUAAGAGCUUACUUCAUUCUAGAAUGAUUUAAUGCACUGUUCCUUUAUGCUGAAUAUUGAUAGAUCACUCUAUAUAGGCUAGAGUAUCCCCCCUACUUGUAAAAAGAAAGAGAAAGAGAAUAUUCCUUGAAUUGUUAAAAAAAUUGAAAAUGUUUUAACUAAUUAAUGCUUUAUUCUAGUUAAAAAUAAAAAAACACUUUUGAUGGUUAUUUUGAAUUGGUAACUUCAUUAGUGACCCAUACCUUACCAAACUCUUCAUUAGUGACCCAUACCUUACCAAACUCUUCAUUAGUGACCCAGACCUUACCAAACUCUUCAUUAGUGACCCAGACCUUACCAAACUCUUCAUUAGUGACCCAUACCUUACCAAACUCUUCAUUAGUGACCCAUACCUUAUCAAACUCUUCAUUAGUGACCCAUACCUUAUCAAACUCUUCAUUAGUGACCCAUACCUUAUCAAACUCUUCAUUAGUGACCCAUACCUUAACCUUAUCACAUUUUUCUUGACUUCUCAGUGUGUGUGCUGCUGACUUUGAAACAAAACUUUCCAUUUUUUAUUUUGUUUAAUUUUUGCUUGUAAUGUUCUCAUGGGACAGUUAAUACAGUGGGCUAUUGCCAUGAUUUACAAAUUGGGGGUUUCAUAUUCCAUGCUGGGCUUUAAUUAUGUUUCAUUGGAUAUCAACCAGUAGCAUACAAACAUUGGAUUUAGUCAAACACAUCACAUGAUUGUAACAGCCAGAACACUUGUUAGUGGAGAAGCCCUGAUACAUAUAGCAACUUGUAGAUGUUUUUCAAUUGUAUUUUAAAAUGAACAAACUGCUACUAGAUAUUUAAGUCUCAUGAUUGGCUGUGCCUGAUUUUCUCUGAUUGUGUGUUAUCAAUCUACUGUGAUUGGCUUACAGCUACAAUUAGGUCAUGCGAUUUAAAAUGUUUAUUUGGUUUGUAGGCUUUAUUUUAUCCUGAGGGUGAACUCAGAGCUAUUUCAAUCUAAUCAGACGCUAGUUAUUUAUGUUGACAUGAAAAUCUCAUGACCUUGUUUUGUCUACAAACAAAUUGUGGGAUUUCUUUAGUUGUGUUGGAGAGAAUAAAAUUCUUGACAAACUUC